CUUUAAGGAUCCUUUAAUUGUUAUUCAAAAUUUGUCUCCUUCGUCGUCACAAACAAUUCCAAUAAAUAUCUCGUGAUAAAUUCUUCGUACGUCUCGUAAUUUCUUAUCGUUGAGUGGUAAGCCGUUGUAAAUUGGUGACAAUUACUGCGUCACACACUGCCAGAUUAAAACGCAGAAAAUCAGGUCUCCAUUUUCUCAUCGUCGUUCGGACUGUUCGGAGUAACAUCGAAUUUUUUUCUUGUUAUUGUUAUUGUUUGAACGAGACGCUAUGGUACGCGCCUGGUACAUGGACAGCAGCGAUGCCGAUCAGAGAUUGGAGCAUCAUAAACAGCCACCGGAAUUCGUGUCGCUGGAUAACCUGUUCGCCACGACGGGCGUGGAGUAUUUUGAGGUAAAUUAUCGAAAUUACGAGACGGAUGCUACUUUGAAGAAAUUACGUGAGGAACGCGGUUAUACGUACGAAGAUGAAAUAACAUGCUCCAAAGAAUGUUUACAAAACUAUGAAGAGAAGUUAAAAAACUUCUUCACCGAACAUCUCCACACUGACGAGGAGAUACGUCUGGUUCUGGAUGGCUCGGGCUACUUCGACGUACGGGACAAGAAUGAUCAAUGGAUCCGGAUUGAAGUGACGGCCGGUGAUCUGAUAAUCAUACCCAGUGGGAUUUAUCAUCGCUUCACUCUGGACACUAACAAUUAUGUAAAAGCAAAGAGAUACUUUGUGGGAGAGCCAGUUUGGCAGCCAUACAAUAGACCGGCCGAAGGCAUGGAAUGCCGCAAACAGUACCUCGAUAAAUUGCAGAAAGGCUUUGAAACACCUUUUCUGUGGUAAUCUCAUACAUAUUUAUGAGCUUCCACAAGAAUAAAUAUUUUUUAUAUUUAUCUUUCAUUGAACUAUUAUAUAAAAGUUACCAAUUUAUAUUAUUGAAUAUGUUACAUUACGUAUGAUAAUCUGCAAAUGAAUUGUAAAACAGCUCUACAAUUUCUUUUUCAACAUAUUAAUUUUAUAAAUAUAUUUAUCUUUAAAUAAAA